CUGCCUCCCGGUAGAUGGCAGCUCCGCCGGGCGCGGAAGCAACGCGGAGGCAACGCGGACGGAUGGAGUAGGGAGGGUCGGGGCGCAGAGCCGCGCCCGCUCCCCACGCGUGUCCCCGCUCCCACUGCGGGCGGAGAGGCUUCGCCGCCGCCCCAGGUUGAUGUCGCCAUGCAGCACUAUGGGGUGAACGGAUACUCCCUGCAUGCCAUGAACUCACUGAGCGCCAUGUACAACCUGCACCAGCAGGCAGCCCAGCAAGCACAGCACGCGCCCGACUACCGGCCCUCGGUGCACGCCCUCACCCUGGCAGAGAGAUUGGCUGACAUCAUUUUGGAGGCACGUUAUGGAUCCCAGCAUCGCAAACAAAGGCGAAGUCGCACAGCCUUCACUGCCCAACAGCUGGAGGCACUGGAGAAGACCUUCCAGAAGACACACUAUCCAGAUGUAGUGAUGAGAGAGCGGCUGGCUAUGUGCACAAAUCUGCCUGAAGCCAGAGUUCAGGUUUGGUUCAAGAACCGAAGGGCCAAAUUCCGGAAGAAGCAGCGUAGCCUGCAGAAGGAGCAGCUGCAGAAGCAGAAGGACUGUGAAGGCAGCCAUAGUGAGGGGAAGACAGAACCGCCUGUGCUGGAGACCCAGUCCACAAUACCUGACACUGAGAAGACUCAGAGCAUCCCAAGUGAGGUGAGCACGGACCUCAACCUAACCCUAUCAGAGCAGUCAGCCAGCGAGUCAGCACCCGAGGACCAGACUGACAGAGAGGAGGAGUUUAAGAGCACCUUGGAUGAGGCUAAAGUGGACAAGAGCCCUGGUGUGGACGGCAAGGCUUUGAACUGCAAGAGAGCGAGCCCAAAAGCAGAGUCUCCCAUCAGCGCGACUGUGACUCCUUCAUCUAGCAGUGGCCUGGCUCAAACUCACUCCUACUCCUCCUCACCCCUGAGCCUCUUCCGCCUGCAGGAACAAUUCCGCCAGCACAUGGCAGCUACCAACAACUUGGUCCAUUACUCCUCCUUUGAAAUGGGGACACCGUCUGCUAUGCCCUACUUGGGCAUGAAUGUCAACAUGGCGCCUCUGAGCUCCCUGCACUGUCAGUCGUACUACCAAUCUCUCUCCCACGCUCAGCAGGUCUGGUCCUCACCCAUCCUGCAGGCCUCAAGCUCUCUUCCAAGCCUGAACAGUAAAACAACGAGUAUUGAGAACCUAAGGCUCCGGGCAAAGCAGCAUGCAGCAUCCCUUGGGCUUGACACCCUACCCAACUGACUGCCAGACGGGCAACCAUUGCCCAUAAGAAGAUGCACCAGAGGUCAGAACCAGACAUAUCACUCCUGGAACCCCUCCACCACCCUCAUCUCUUCCUGGAGUAAGGUGCUCCCUAUCAGGGAAAACUUUGCAUUUACUAACGUCUUACUAGGACCACAGCUGCAUCAGACAUUACUACUGGCUUAGUAGUCUUCUUUAAAUAUUUAAGGAGGAAGGGGGAGAGGAUGUGUGUUUAGAUAGAUGAACUGUCUCUUUGGACUGCUCUGAGUUAAGCCUGUAACAUUCAGAAAGAGCCCCCUCACCUCAUCCCUGCGAUAAUGUGCCAACUUGUGUUCUUUACACCUUUUUCUGUUGUCAGUGCAUUCUUUGGGAAAACAAAGAGUCCUGCUUUGUCUUGUACAUAGUUUACAAUGUUGAAAGCAUCAAUCGCCUGUAUGUUACUGCCAGUGUUACAGAACUGUGGCCUCUUUCGCUUUUAUUCCCCUUUCUCUCUCAGUUUUCGUAGCUAGUCCUAAAGUCACAAAUCAGCCACGCUCCCAACCUCAGCUUGCAGCUAGUUGUUCUUCUUGGGUUCAGGGUCUCAAUGGUGCUUAGAGCAAAGAAAAACCAUUAUGCAACUCACGGCUCCACUUCUCUGCUAAAGCUGGUAUUAUAACAGCCAGGAAAUGAUGCAAUGGUGAAUUUCCUGUUUAAGCACUUCCAAAAAGGCAAGCAUUUUUUCCUUUACUUUCUAAUAGCACUUGUUCACAGACAGAGGACAAAAUACUGGCCAAACACUGCUGGCUGGGGAGAAAAAUGAAAGCCAAAUUCACACAAUUACUUUUGACUCGAUUGUUUCCUCUUUGGCCUUCAGUGAAGUAUAAACUCCCCUAUUUACAAAUUAUGGGGUUUUCUUUUUGGAGAGCAUUUUGGUCUAGCUUCAACAAUAGAGAACAAUAAAAACUUUGUAUGAACUCCCACUGUGUUCAUACACCAUGAAUUAUAUGGUUCCUUGACAAAACCACGAUUAAUGCAAGAUGUUCUUAGAAAUAUGCUCCGAUCACCAAAUUCUACCCUCAAGCUGCGCAGCUUCAGACCCUGGUUAGCAAGUGAGAACGUAACAAGUGAAAAAUGCUGCAGUGCUGGAGGCCAAGUGGGGUGAUAAGCAGGGGCUUUCUAUUCUCUGCAGCAAGGAGUGGAUAACGCUUGCCAAAGGUACAAUGUCCUCAAGUAACCAUAACUUACCAACUCCAAAGUGAUUUCAGUCCACAGUUUUGGCCUCAUUUCUCUGGAGUGACCCUUCGUUUUACUAAUCCACCCAGAGUGUUUUUCCUUCUUGAGAAGCAACCUCUCUGCCAACCCAAAGGUCUUUUUGUUUUUUUCCCCAAACCAAAUAAAUCCUUUAAACUCACUGCACCAAGCAGCAGGGAGGGAGGAAACCCAGAUCUAAUCUAAUAUUGCCUAGGACCAAAAAUGCAGACUGGCUCUGUGGCAGGUGCUAGGUUGGAAUCCAAAGGGUGUCAGCUGGAUCUGCCACGAACAUGCUGGGCUAAUUCACUGCAGGCCAUCAUCUGGUCCCUACUUGAUUUAAAGAAGAAAUGUAGAGGCAACUUGUGCAUAGCCUCUUGCUUUUGCCUUACUUCAUACUAAUGCAGAAGCCGUGGGUUGAUUUACCUCUUUAAACACGAGGUGGAAAGGGUGUUUUCAACUCCAAUAAUGCAUCUAAAUCCCUUAAACUGAGACAUAAGAAUAGCCAAGUUUGGUUGGAAAUGAUGCUUUAUCCCUCUUAAAAUUGUAGCAAGAAAGGGAAGGGCAGCUCACUGACCGCAGAAGCUUCCAAGGUAAAUGGAACACCUUCCCUAAAUAGUUCUGCUCUGCCAAAUGCUUCAGUUUGGGCCUUUCCUUCCUUAGUUUUACUGACUUUGUCAGAUCGGGUCCCAUGACCAGCAGAAUUCUAAGCUUUGCCAAAACCAAAUGCAUUUGUAGGACGUCAAUUUUUGGCUGCCACUUUCAAAGGACUCAAUUAAAUUAAAACCACCAAAGCACAUUUACUGUCUCCAAAAAGAUCCUUUGAACAUCCCAGCUUUCACUUCAGUAGCACUGGGUGCCUCUCACCCAAACCAGAGACAUCAGAACAAAGGUUUUGUUUUUGUCCUCUUCUUCUCUAAAAGGCCAUAAGUCACCCUUUUUAUUACCGGGACAAAUACAGCCCUUCCAUGGGAUCUCUCUGCUCAUCUGCCUCCAUCUAAUGCAGCCACAUCACAUUUCUUAUGUUGAGAUUGUUCUGAAUUGGGAUUAAAUUAGGUAAUAUUUUAAAAUAACAGGAAAAAACAAAACAAAACACGCUAUUGCCUCAAACCUGUGUAAACCCACUGAGAUAUUUAGUGCUGAUUUUCUUAAUUUUUAUUUACUUAUGGCCCAAAUUCACCAAAACAUCCACAAUGAGAGCAAGCUUACGCGUAAUGCAAAAACUGAUUUGGAAGUCCAAAAAGCAGGAAUUCAGGCUCCCAGCCUGUAUAACUUCAUAAAGAAUUAUCUGUCAAAGCAGACCCUUUCCUGCAAAUUGUUUUAAUGCCUCUGGGAAUUUGGAAAAAAAUAGGAAAAAAAAAUAUAAAGAGGAACUCCCCAACCAAUUCAAGGCUGUAUAUAUUAUAUGCAGUGGAAAGACUGAGGGGAAUGGUACUGUGUCAUUCCUUUUCAUGUUUCAAAAGCCUGAAAACAUUAUUGAGUGAAAAGGACAGAUGCAAACCUCCCCGACUGCUGAUGGUGAAGGUGAGCUCUGCUUGUUCCAUGUCCUUUCUGAGCUAUCUGGGAAAGUGAAUCUGUUGAUGGAGUCUCAGAAACAGAACAGAAAGAAGAUUCCCUCCCCUUGCUGUCCCUGCAGAGAUCUGAUCCACUUCCUUUCCUUGGUGAACCAGCCAUGGCUUCAGCCCUUGCUUAUUGAAUUUGUAAGGGUUUUAGCUAUGGUCUGUGCAGAAUAAGGGCCCAUGAGAAAACAAGUCAUGAUAUGCAGGGUAGGAGUUUGCAGCAAAAUUUCUCCUGCUCUGCAAGAGAAGUCUUAUAUGUAUUAAUAAAAUGAAAGAGGUAUUUAAAUGGUGCAGUAGAAAUACUUGUAAUGAUGCUGGGAGGGGAAAAAAACCUGCUUUUUUCUCCCCUUUUUUACAUUGUUUUUCUUUUUACAUCAAACAAAUGGAAAUACCCUUUAGGUUUUACCCUUUAUCCUUUGUUUCUAUAUGGGAACAAAGAACAAUGCAAGUUUUUCCCAUCAAAAAUCAUCAUUUAAUGUGCAAGUAAUACAAAAAUGCUCCCAAACGUAAAAAUAUCCCUCAACAAAUGGAGCUCUCCCUGCAUCUCUGUUCUCACUGAGGCAUUUUGUAACAAGGAAUUCUAGCAGCUCCGCAUCUCUGUUACCAUUGCAGCCAGCCAAGGGCAGUUGGACACAGAGGGAACUGGAUCUGUUUCUGUCCCAUGUGCCAUACAUGGUAUUUCCAUUGGCAUGACAACUUAGAGCAACAUCAGGACAUUUCAGAAGAGUUCACAUGAAAAGGAUUAAACAAACAUCUGUAGAGAGGAAAUAUAAAUUCAAAUCUACCAUAUUCUAUUAGUUUAAUUACAGUAGCUAUGAAACAUAACUCAAUUAGGCUUAAAAAGAUUCAAUUACACAAAUUUCCCGCUGGUUUUUACAAGCCGUGUUGAUUUUUCUAUCCCUCCUUCCUUACUCCUCCGUGUACCCCUUGCUGGUUUUUUACGACCUGUCCCAAAGCAAUGCAGUACACCUCCUGUGUUUACCAUUGAGUGAAAAAAGCUAUUUCUCCAAGUAGAUCUGCUUUCAAUCCAGACUUAUGAUAGAAGGAUAGGAAAAGAUUGUUGCCAAAAGGAAAAAUAAAAAUCCAGCAAAGCAUGAACAAACAAACAAUAAAUUAUGUGUGGAUUCUCACCAUGUCCCAAAUCAGCCCAGUGAUGAUGAAACAUCCUUUGCUUUCCAGACCUCUCAGAUGCACUGUUUCACCCCAAGCUAUCCCCUGGAUUAUAGAGCUGCUUGAGGAAGGGAUAUACAAGCCAAGCUGCCAGUGUCACCUCUUUCAUAAAUGGAUGCCUCUCUUUGAUGAGAGCUCUGAUUAAUGCCAACACUGGUUGUGCCAAUGGGACCUGUAAGUUCAGAUACGUCCCAGGUCAUGAAGUCUUUCUCAUUUCUCAUUUCAGAAGAACCAACCAAGAAGCUGCAGAUGCCUUGUCCCUGAAGGUGUUGAGAGCCAGGUUGGAUGGGACUCUGUGCAGUCUCAUCUGGUGCCUGCUUUAGUGGUUGGCAGUCCUGUUCAUAGCAGAGGGGUGGGUUUAGAUGAUCUUUGAGGUUCCUUUCAACCCAAUCCAUUCUAUGAUUCUAUGAUUGUAAAGUAAGACCCCAGCACUGCUUUGAAUUGCUCCGAUGCCACGGUGGAGCAAUUGCACCGAUUUCAAACAAAAUUUAGCCCCAACAUUAAUUUGUAAAGAAUAAAACAUCUGUCAUAUAUUAACAGAAUCAUAUAAUAUAUUUUUAUUUUUGGAGCAGUCUGGGCUCCAGGCUAAAAGCCUUCUGCAAAACCCAUAGUGCAUCUGCUGCCCUACAAAUGGCCAAAGCCUUUUAAAACUAUGCUAGUUAUUGAGCAGGUCUUUCUCAUGCUGGAGAAAUUUAGGUGUGUCUGUGCAAAAGAAAACUACUUCUUGGUUUCUCUUCUCAUGCCAGGAGGCAAUCAAUCUUUUCCCAGCUUCUGACCCAAGAUAUACAGUUAACUCCAAUGUGUAAACGUGUUUGUGUGUCAAACCUACCUUGCAAAGAAACAAUGGCUUCUAAAGGAAAACAAAAUGGAAAACAAAGUAAUAUACUGUACAGAUUGCUGUAAAAUUGAGCUGUAGUGUAUGAACUUGUGCUUUAGAAUUCACUAUUGAGGAACUCAAACUUGUAUCAUAUUUAUUUAUUCUGAUAGGUAAAAGAAGAAAAAAAAAAAAAAGAGUUUAUAUUCAUUUCAGAAAAGCUGCAGCAUGAUGCUAUGUACCAAUUGUGCCAGUCCUGCUUUCUGUAAAAUUAUUGCCUGUUUUCAUACACCACUAAUAAAAAGGGGGAAAAGAAAAAUUUACUCUGUGCAUCCUUCAUUGACAGCUACCCAAGAAGACUGGCAUGGGUGCAAG